CUAAUUUAUCGUCGUGAACUUCAAGUAAAUAACACUGAAACUCGUCCUAUUAUCAUUUUAUUUCGGCUUUCACCGCAGAUCUACUGCAACCUCACAGGGGUCAUUUACUCUUAACAUACCUAGCAGUUAUAAGCAUGAAAGUUAAAGAUGGCCGAUCUUAUUAAACAUUUUGACAGGAUACACAAGAGCUCUACAUGUGUGUAAUGGUGUAAUAAAAACCAUGCAUCAAUCUUGAAAUAUUCCAAGCAGUACAAACUUGCAAGUAAUCUUGUAAACUACAUGUAUCUUUAAAGAAGGACACAAGUGAUCAUGGUCUUCACGUCCCCAUUCAAUACCAUCCUAGUUGUGUCUGGCCUCUUCCUUGUCAUUUACAAUGAGUACUAUGAAUUCUUAACGGUCAAGCACAACCAAUGGACAGCAUCGGAGGCAACCCUUCCUCCAUUGACCAAAUCAGAUGGACGUGACACGGUGCGAAUCCUGUUCGUCGGCGACCCUCAGAUACAAGGAUAUCAGGACGAGCCGGCCCUACUGGGGUAUCUGACCCGAUGGGACGCAGAUCGCUAUUUGAAGACUUACUACCAUCAUGCACUCAACUUUGUUAAUCCUGACAUAGUGAUUAUAAUGGGGGAUCUAUUGGAUGAAGGCAGUAUAUCCGAAGAUUGGGAGUUUGAAAGAUAUGCAACAAGGCUAAAGAAUAUCUAUGAGGUCCCUGAAGGAGUACAGAUAAUCUACCUAGCGGGGGACAACGAUAUAGGAGGAGAAGGCAAUGAUCCCAUCACCCCGCAGAAGAUCGCCAGAUUCGAGAAGCAUUUCUCCUCCGUCACCGAGGCAGUGCAAUAUAAACACGUAGCUUUCCACAAGAUCAACGUGCUACCAUACAUCCACCGUCCUCCUAACGAGAGAGAAGACAGGACCUUCAGGAACCAACUUCAAGAGAUGGGGAAGGAGACCCAGAGUGCCAGCAUCCACAUCGUCCUCUCGCACACCGGUAUCUCCGAAGCCAUGCUGCAUAGACAUAUACAAAUUAUGCGAGUGCUGAAACCCAAGUAUGCCUUUAGUGCCCAUUCACAUUAUUCUAGUUACAUGAAGCACAACCUACUGCAGCUGGUGGACUUCUUCAAGAAGGUGUAUCCUCGAGACAGCUCGUUGGAUCGCAUCAAGGAGGACAUCUUCAUGGAGGAGUACAGGAUACCAACCUGUAGCUAUCGCAUGGGGGUACCCAAUAUGGCGUAUGCGGCCGCUGUAAUAGAUGCAGACGGCACCCUGCACUACACUCUCCUAUGGCUUCCCUCCCGUUACAGACAGCUGUACAGGUACGCAGCCUUCAUCAUCGUCAUAGCGAUGAUCGUCUUCUAUCGCUUUAUGUGUAGACCUCGAGGAAGAAGGAGACAUGACUACCACUCUUACAAUUCUUAUAUGGGUUCAUGAUCAUAGGAUUAAAUAAGGUUUAUGUCUAUUUAUGCUGUAAUAUUUCUUAAAAGUACUUUAGUCUGUGUUUUGUCUUUUCUAUGCAGAAGAGAGUUUUUUAGAAUAUCAGAAGAAAAAAAUUAAUGAGAAGAGUCUUUUUUGUAUUUUAAAGAAUAGAGUAUCAUGUAGAUUGAAAACAAUGAAGUUAAAAG